AUGCCGGCUGCCAAUUCUACAUCUGCCGCGCGCUCAAGAAAUAGUAAAAUUGAACUGACCAAAGACUACUCAUACCUUUCAAGCGGUAUGGGCAGCAUUCAUGAUAAUAGUGACCGAGGUGGUGUUCAAGGCAGACAGAGCGCAAAUGCCAUCACUACCACGAGUCGCAAAAAUAAUAAUGAUAGCAUGUUCUCCACCAUGAGAAACAUUUACGGCAAGGACGAAGAAAUUUUCAACGAUACAAGUCCUUUUGCUACUUCGACAAGAAAUAAGAAGGUGGCUCAACAACCCCCACGUCCAACCACCCCCCAUGCAAACAAGGAUUUCAUUUCGAGAAACAAAAACAUGGUCUCAUCCAUAACCAACAAGCCUCCAGUGUCACCAGUUAACACCGGCAAACAACAACAGCCUCAACGUUCGGCGGGAAAUGCCCAAUCGUCUGCGCGAACUGCUACUCGCUCUGCUACCCCGAAACCGGACAAGAAAAAAAGUGCACAGUCCACGGCUGUCCCUUCCAAUGGUAAGAUGUCAGCUUCACCCGCUCGUCGUCCGGCUUCACCCCCGACCAACACUCAACAUCUCUCGGCUCACCGUCUCUCUCACGUUCGUGCUGACUCUCCUGACAAUGGGUUGCGCGAGGAAAAUAGAAAAUUGAAACGUCGCCUGGUUGAAGCCGAAGAAUUGUUGGUUGAGAAGCAACGCGAAGUGAUUGAGUUGGAAGACCAAUUGAAUGUUUUAGAAGAUGAGAAUCGUGAGUUAAAAGAAGAAUUGGAACGUAUAAAGCGCAUUCAGUCCGAGGAAACCAAGAAGCAAGCUUCUGACAAUUCACCCCUCGGAAUUCUUUCGGCCAUAAUGAGCGAUCACCAGCGAAUUAUCAAUACUCGUUCUGAUGCAACCUCGUCUCCCGCUCCUCUCCCCAGUUUAUCUUCGUUGGUCGGAACCAAUUCCUCUCCUCACGCCGCAUUGAAAAAAACUCAAACUCCUGCAAACAUCACCUCCACGACAAAAAAAGACAGACAACCCAACAAGGCCAACAAUGUUAAGAGCGUUGCACCUGUGACAUCCUCCGUAAAACCUCAUGCGUCACCUGCACCCCCAAAGUCAGUUGCACAAACUCCAAAGCGAAUGGUGCGUUCUACUCCACCCCCUCUUAGCAAACCUGUGGGGUCAUCGGGUCAACACGUGAAAGGAAAUAUGGUUUACGCGAAAAAGACUGCUGCUGAUCUGAAUGACGAGGAGAUGGUCGAACAUUGUCAACCUCGGAUUCCGAAGGACACUUUAAAUCUUGAUGACAACAGUUUCGCGCCGGUUCACGGCCGAUCGGUUGACAAUCGAGAAGAUGAUGACGACGCUGACCAAGAGAUGCAAAAUCAAUUGUGUCAGAAGAAGUCUUGGGCCUCUUUUAACUCGGUUGCACAUGCAUCUUUCAGAAAUGACUCAUCGCUCAACACCCCUUCGACCACCGAUCACGAUAGCCCCAAAAAUAAUUUCCGACGUCGUCUCCGACGCAACAAUUCUGGUUCCCGUAAAGAACAACAAUCCACCACAAACUCAAAUUCUGAACAAAAUGAUCCUUCCAUUCCCAACAUGAUUAACGGCAAUCAACAAUCCCAACUUCACCUAUCGGUCCCAACCAAAGAUCACCUUCAUCGCGAUUCGAUCUCAUCGAAUUCUUCCGAUUCCACGACCUUCUCCCGAAAUGGUUCGUAUCCCUCAUCAGCCACAUCCCCGUCGAGCACUCAAACGGAUUCCGAUCAUAUCAACAAUGAACCAUUGAUCUUUCCCGAUGUUUCCGAUUCCAAUCGACAUGAUCAAAACAACUCAUUCUCUCAUCAACAUCACAGCUCAUCUUCUGGUCAUCAAAACAAUUCUGAUUCCGCCCCCGCCAAGCAUCUUCCAUCACCAGCCUUAUCCCAACCUUUGAACACCCCAUCGUCCAAUGCCCGUCCACAGUCACCUGCAUCUUCAACUCGGUCAUCAAUUCCCAAUAUCAAUGGUUCAACCACCCGUGCACGAUCCCCUGCCUCAUCAUCUCGAUCAUCAACACCUGCUUCUGAAUCGAACCGUUUUACCUCUGGUCAAUCCCGCCGUACACGUGUCCACGAACCCUCAAACUAUGACGAUGCUGAAUCCUCAUCCAACAGAAAUUUCGUUCAACUGCCCCCACCACCACCAAACACAAAAGAUCCAGUCGCCACUUUGCAGCACUACCUCCGCUUGAUUUCUCAUGAAUGCGUUCCAGGUAAAAAUAGUCCUCAAGAGAUUUACGAUAUCAAAAAGGUCAUCGACGAAGGUUCCUCCGCAAAAGUCUACACCGCUCGCCCUGUGGCUAAUCGCAAAGAAGAACUUGCCGUCAAGAUUGUCCCACUUACGUACAGCUUGGAAUUCAUCUUUAACGAAUUAUACGUGUUGAAGAACUUUAAGCACGAAAAUAUCGUCGAUUUCAAAGAGAGUUACUUGAGGUGGGACGGGAAAAAUCGAGAAGUUUGGAUUGCCAUGGAAAAAUGCGCCCUUGGAGAUGUGACCAGCCGUGCUGGCAAAAUCAGCGAACGUGAAGUUUCGCGCAUUGCUCGAGAGCUCUUACAAGCACUAAAGCACUUGCAUUCUAACGGCGUCAUUCACCGAGACCUCAAGCUUUCAAACAUUUUGGCCGACGUCAACAAUCAAAUUAAACUUGCCGAUUUUGGAAUCUCUUCACUGGAACCCAUCUCUACCACCGCUAUGGUUGGAACGAUCCCGUACAUGGCCCCUGAUGUUGUUCUCGUCUCGCCGGAUCGACCUUACGACACGAAAGUUGACAUCUGGUCUCUAGGUGUCUGUAUCUUGGAACUUUUGAGCGGCAAGGCGGCCUGGGGUCGUAUCAGGGAUGAUGAAAUAAUGGAUAAAUUACGUAGAGGUGAGAUGCCCUCCGGAUUCCAACGUUUGACUGACAAGACCGAGAUCGGAUGGGAAGUCAAAGAUUUCUUGCAAAAGUGUUUCGCCAGUAAUGCAGACGCCAGAUGGUCCGCAGAGAAACUAUACUCUCGCCUUUUCUUUAAUUUACGCGAGAGAGUGUCAUUCAUCAAAUUUCCAAGCCUGAAUUCAUCACUUCAACAUCUGUCAUUAAUGCGCGAAGGCUGGAAGGAUGCGUCUGGUGAAUGCUGGCGAGAGCAAUUGGG